GCUUUGCCCAGUCCGGAUGUUCCCCAGUAGCGAAUAACGAGCAACGAGCAGCAGUGUGUGAAUGUGGCAACCGAGGUAGACAGGGAGGGGUAGAUAGACUGACCAGUUCAGGGUUUUUUGUCUUUUUUCACUCUUUUUCUUUUCUCACAGCGCCUCGUGUUAACAGUUUAUGUGACGCCACGGUUGUAAACUUGUUUGUAGACGUGAAAGCCCGGCCUCCGCUGCUUUUCUUUGGGACUACGUUAACCGUUAGCGUUGUGAAAACAGCCCAGAAGAAAGAAGGAAAGGGUGAAACAACAUGGGGCGAUAAUAAAAAAAAGAAGAAGGUGUUGUGUUAUGAACCGACGAUGACUCUCUGGGAGGAUCCGUGAAGCUUAUUUAUUUUUUAAUUUAUUUCCCUUCUCCCUUUACCUUGCCUUGCCUUGUGUCCGUUUUUGUUUUAUUUUUUGAAUUUUCUCCUCCCUUGCUGCUUUGGGAGGGUUUUUUUUUAAAGGAAAAGGCAACGGGAUACGUUACAAGAGGACUGAAGGAUGGACCAAGCCGGCAUCCUGAGAAAGUUUAUCCAGGGGGUGAAGGCCAUGAGCGAGGGGGACGAGGAGAGGGGAGAGGACAACUUCGGCAGCGACUUUAUGCGAUUACGCAGGUUAUCGACUAAAUACCGUACAGAGAAGAUCUACCCCACCAACGUGGGAGAGAGGGAAGAGAAUAUCAAGAAGAACCGAUACAAAGAUAUACUGCCAUUCGAUCACACUAGAGUGAAGCUGACAUUAAAAACAACCAAUCAGGACACCGAUUACGUCAAUGCAAACUUUAUCAAGGGUAUAGAUGGCCCAGAAGCCUAUAUUGCAACUCAGGGCCCACUGCCGAACACUGUCAUCGACUUCUGGAGAAUGAACUGGGAGUACAAUGUAGCUGUUAUUGUGAUGGCUUGUCGAGAGUUUGAGAUGGGAAGGAAAAAGUGUGAGCGGUAUUUCCCGCUGCUUGGGGAGGAGCCCAUGAGUUUUGGCCCUUUCAGAAUCUCCUGUGAAGCAGAGCAGGCCAGAACAGACUACUUCAUCAGGACUUUGACGGUGGAGAAUGGCGACGAAACUCGGAGGCUAACACAGUUCCAUUACAUGAACUGGCCAGAUCACGACGUCCCCUCAUCGUUUGACUCCAUACUGGAUAUGAUCGGACUAAUGAGGGAAUAUCAAGAGAAUGAUGAUGUCCCUAUAUGUGUGCAUUGCAGUGCCGGCUGUGGGAGGACGGGUGCUAUCUGUGCUAUCGACUACACGUGGAACCUACUCAAAGCUGGGAAAAUACCAGAAAACUUUAAUGUUUUUCGGUUGAUCCAAGAGAUGAGGACGCAACGGCACUCUGCUGUUCAGACCAAGGAGCAGUAUGAGUUAGUUCAUAGAGCGAUCGCCCAGCUCUUUGACAAACAACUGCAGCUACUGGAGAGCUCCACCAACACGCAGAUACAUGAUGGCAUGGAUGAAAGCAGUCCAGUUAAAGCAGUCCAUCAGUCUGACGAUGAGAGAUGGGACACACCACCUCCAAAACCUCCCCGCAUACGCAGUACCCAGGCUGAAGGUGACGUGAAGGAGGAGAUACUCCAGCCUCCGGAGCCUCACCCCGUACCCCCCAUUCUGACCCCGUCUCCGCCUUCAGCCUUCCCCACCGUCACCAACGUACGGCAGGACAACGACCGCUACCACCCCAAACCUGUCAUACACGUCCUGGCUACCACACAGAAUAAAGAAGCAGACCAGCAGCAGAACCAGUCCGAACCCAGUCCGAACAAACAGACCAGUCCCUCAGAGCAGAAAGACCAAGAUCUACAAAGUCGAAAACAGCAGACUCAGGUCUCAAAUCUAGAUCUCAAUGAGAACUAUAACAACAAAUCAACAUCUACAAAAUCCGAAUCGGGCCAAAGCCAGACUCAGACUCCCUCCUCGCCCCUCUCGCCAGCUGUUGAAUGUUCUGGUGCUCCUCGGAUCGAGAGGAAGCUGAGCAUUGAGAUUAAAAAGGUGCCGUUACAGGAAGGACCUCGUAGUUUUGACACUUCCUCCUCCACGGGAGUAGCAGGUGGAGUAGGCAGCAGUUCGGCCAAUAGUGCAGGAGUGCUGCAAAGAACCCAUGCCUUCAAAGCCCGUUCUGGCCAGUCCCUGCUGACAUCUAGUUCCUCGCUCUCAGAGGACUCGGGCACGGAGGGAGGAGCAGGCGGAUGUGGGGAGAGUCAUGCAGAUGGAGGCGUCCUAGCCAGACCAAACCACCUCCCCGUGAAGAACCAGAAGGGGGAGACACAUGGAGGGGAGAAAGUGGAGUUGAAGGCCGGCCAUGCAGUGUGGGCUCAGGCCUGCAAUAGCCCUGACAAACAGAUCCCCAAAACCUCCUCUUCGUCUUCCUCCUCAGACCGCGUGGCUCCAUCCUCAUCUUCCUCUUCCCACCUCUCCUCCUCCUCCUCCUCUUCUUCCUCCUCCUCUACUCCCGUUAGGACUGCCCUAAGCUUCACCAACCCCCUGCACUCUGAUAACUCAGACGAGGAGGGGGAUGUAGAGAUGUCCAAGGGAAAGGAGGGUUAUCGUACUAAUGUAUCCACGGCGACGGCCAUGGUUACUGCAUCCCCUCACCACGGAGACCAGCAGCCGGUCCGGAAGGUGUUGCCCAUGUCGAUCGCAGGGCAGAGCACUCCGUCACCCUCUGCAACCCCAGCAAACUGCUGGGACAGCGAUGACUCCCCUCCCCCCCUCCCUGCGAGAACCCCUGAGUCCUUCCUACUGGCCACAGACCCCGUGGAAGUAAAAACGUCGGCCUUGGCUGAAUGGAGUGGAAAUAAAGAUGUGUCAGAGUGUGUUAAGAAGACAUCUCCAGCUGACCCUGCAUCUGCUGGCACCACGGCAACAGACAGCAAGGCAGACUUGGGUGGGGUUCGGUAACCGCUGCAUUCAGCCCAAAGGCCCUCGGGAACCCCCCUUGGAGUGGACAUGAUGGGAUCAUCCAUCUGCCCGUCCACCAACAGUGCCCUCCCUUUUGUCAGGAGAUGGACUCUACCGAUCUCCCCUGGCUGGUCCAAAAAACUAGUUGAUAGAUGCUACACAGACAGAGCGCGCAAUGUUACGUAGAAGCACCUUCUGAGUAACGCUGUGUGUGUAACACCACCUCCUCAGUCCUUCCGUCAAAGUGCCGCUGUGCAAAGCAGAAGAACACUUACUGGUCAGCUGUCCACGUUUCCCUUUUCACUUCUCUAGUCUCUGACCUGGGAUCAGUCUGGUUAUUUUCCUGUUAAUGGUUAAAGAAUAAUUCCUGUUUUUGGUGACUUGAGAGUAGAUUAAAAAAAAAAGGGAUGUAGAUGUAACCCUUGCGUGUUAAAAAUACAUUUUCUUUCAUGCCAAAUGAGAAAAAAAAAUCAUAAAUCAGGAAUUAUAAUCAGAAAAGCUACUGUGGGAAGCUAAUUCCGGAGGUUUAACUGAGCUCUCAGACAGCGUCUGCUUCCUUCUGCUGAAUGAACAACAAUCUUCAAAGCAAACCUAGAUAAUCUGUUACUCAUGAUGCAACCUUUUCUGUUGGGUAUGUACAGGUUGCCAGGGUGCGCUCUCUCUCUCUCUCUCUCUCUCUCUCUCUCUCUCUGUCUCUGUCUCGCUCUCUCUCUCUCUGUCUCCCUCUCUCUCUCUCUCUUUCUGUGUGUGUGUGUGUGUGUGUGUGUGUGUGUGUGUCUGUGUGUGCGCGCUGGUGCUACAUUACAAAGGAUCAGCAUAGAAACCGGAGCACUCGAGCCGACUGUUACCAACCAUGAGCUGUUCCUCACCUGUGUCGUGGUUUCUUGUAGGAUUUAUUCCUGUUAGCUGCAGUAAUUUAAGCUCUAGUACUUUAUAUUUCUGUGCUGACCUCCCUGUCUACUAGAGUCAUAGAUUGACAUAGUUUGGUCAUUGCAGUGGUCAGUAUCAGCCAUGUUGGCUCCAGAGUCGUGAUCUGUGUCUGGAGUUAAAGAAGUUUUAUACCACUCAUGUCUGUAUGUAGAGCUGGAGCUAGAAGCUGCUUAUCUUGGCAUAAAGCUUGGAAACCCGAUUAAAUUAAUAACAUCAUUUGUGAGUUGUAAUGGUGUGGAUUGGCGGUCUUUAGUACCUUUGAACACAGCCAGGCUAGCUUUUCCCCCCCAUUUCCAGUCUUUAUGCUAAGCUAAGCCAACCAGCUGCUGAUUGCAGCUUUAUGCUAACCACAAAGACAUAGGGGUAUCGAUAUUCUUCUCUAACUCACGGCGAGAAAUUGUUUUCCCAAAAUAAUUUCCCCAAAAUGUCGAACUGUUCCUUUUAAAUCUCUGCUAAUUCUGUAAUCAUCAUAAUGACAUUGUGGUGUUAGAAAACAAAGCUGAAUGCAGAGAUACUAAAAAUAAGAAAAUAAAAAAAUCUAAGUACUUGGAAAUGGUAGUAUGCCAAACAUAUGAUUUGCAAAAGGUUUAACCAAAGAGUGAUGUUCCCUUCUCAAAUAUUUCACAAUAAAAAGCAAAGAUUAGUUAGAAAAGCAGAAACAUGUCAUGUACAACAUUCAAAGCCAAAUUCCCAACUGUGUACCCAAUGAUUCAGCUUUUUUCCAGUCACGACGGGGUUAAUAUGACCUUAAAAUCAGUAGUGGCCAAACUCGUCAGCUCGGACUCUGGCUCUCACUGCUGGGACCAUGAGCCUGCCUUAGUCUGUUCUUUAUGUCUUUCUUUCCUCGGCACUGUCCUGUUUUAGUUUCUGUUGUUGUACCUUUCGCUUUUCUGUUCUCAUUCUCCUCCUGUUGGAUAUUGGACCAUGCAAGUCCAUUCUUUUCUUUUUAUUUCAGCAGCCGGUUUACUCAGAAUAAACACCAGUGUUUCGGCGUAGGAAUGUUACACAUCACCUGCAACUCUAAUGGGACUCAACAGAUUAAUAUAAAGUCUGGUUUCCUAUAACAACCAUUUCUCUACAAAUCAGACUUGUAUGGUUUUUCAUUUGUCGGAGAAAAAUUAAAAAUUAAAAAUAAAUAAAUACUCUACCGGCUUCUGUAUGUGUGAGACAAUGAGGAUAGGGACCCAGGACUACUGUAUUCUUCUGAUUGUUCUCUGCUAACGUCAUUAGCUACCAUAAGUAUACAGUAUAUGCAUUGUUUUAUAAAGAUAAAAAAAACUGUACAGGGCAGUUUAGGUAUAUAAUAUUUCAGAUGUUUUGUUAUCUCUUAAAUAUUCCUAUUAACAGAAGAUGUAAGAAAGUCAGUGCAUGAUGAUGAUGAUGAUGAUGAUGAUGAUGAUGAUGAUGAUUCCUCCCCUACGGUGUUUUCCUUCAAACUGUAAAUUAUUCUGCUGCCCUUUUGGUUUUUGCUUCUGGCAAAUAUAUCAGGGUUGUUUUUAUUUUUUCUGUUCGAGUUAUAGGCUUAAAAAGAUUGAACAUUUUUCUUUUAGUUGGCUGACAGAUAAAAAGCAUUGACUGCCAGCCAGCCCCCGUUCAGAUAGCUACAGCGGGCUUUGAAUAAGAUUGUAAUAAUAAUAUUAAUGAUGAUGAUAAUAAUAAUAAUAAUAAUAAUAAUAAUAAUAAUAAUGGUCGUUUUUUUGUAAAUGGUAUUUUAAAAGUUAUUUUUGUAUACGCGGUUGUUUGUUGCGUCACAAGUCUACUGCUCCCCACCCAAACCCCCACUCCUCUCUUCCCUUCUCACAUACUGCAUCAUGUCUUUUUUUAUUUCUGUCAUUUUAUUUUAAUCUUUUUGAUUCUUUUUUUGUUGUCUCUCAGCUCUUUUAAUGUAGAACAUGCAACAGAAAUGGAUCUCCUGCUAUGGAUGGAGCAUCUCAUCAUUUUUUGCUUUCUUCAUACCUCCCCCCCCACUGUUUUCUCUCUUUUAUGCCCCUCCCACCCUCCUCUCUGCCGUUUUAAUUUUCAAAAGGCUGACGUUCCUAACACGUCUGUGCCAGCAGAUUGGCCCACUUCAGUAAUGCAUCACUAACUUGUUGGUGAUUCAAAGUAACAAACUGCCUAAUGCUGAGAAAAAAAAACAA